ACACAUCCGUAGGAGACUCAUUUCUCUUUGUUAACUAUUUGCCGUAACGUCAUGGUUAAUAGGAUUAAAAAUUAAACAUAUGAUUUUACCAGUGCCAGAUUCCUGGACAGUUCCUCAACAACUUAUCACCGGGUCAGUAAUACGUUUAAAACAUCUCGCAGCUGAAACGAUUCCACGUUCUCCAACAUGGAAGACACAAGACCUUCGUGGGACAAUCCCUUGCAGUUCGUGUUCGCCUGCAUUUCGUUUGCGGUGGGGCUAGGGAACGUUUGGCGAUUCCCUUACCUCUGUCAGAUGCACGGUGGAGGUGGAUUCUUAAUUCCUUAUGUCAUAAUGUUAAUUCUGGAAGGACUCCCCUUGUUUUAUCUUGAGCUUUCAGUAGGGCAACUGAUGAGGAAAGGCAGCAUUGGUGCUUGGAAAGCAGUAAACCCAUUUUUGAUUGGUGUUGGUGCAGGAAGUCUUAUUAUAUCAUUCCUUGUCUCUGUGUAUUACAAUGCCAUCAAUUCCUGGAGCCUUUGGUAUCUAUUUCAUUCAUUUGAGAAUCCCUUACCUUGGUCUAGCUGCCCACUAAACAGAAACAAGACUGGAUUUAUUGAGGAAUGUGCAAAAAGUUCUGCCACUGAAUACUUCUGGUACAGAAAGACAUUAAAUAUCUCUCCAACAAUCGAUGAUACUGGAAUUAUCCACUGGGGAAUGCUUCUGUGUCUUAUACUAUCAUGGCUUAUAGUCUAUGUCUGCAUAAUUCGAGGCACCGAAUCUACUGGCAAGGUGGUCUAUGUAACGGCCUGCUUUCCGUAUGCAGUGCUACUUAUAUAUCUAAUACGAGGAUUGACACUACAUGGAGCAACAAAUGGUCUUAUAUAUAUGUUCACUCCAAAGAUUGAACAGCUGAUGGACCCAAAGUCAUGGAUAGAUGCAGCCACACAGAUCUUCUACUCACUCGGCCUGGGAUUUGGGAGCCUGAUUGCGUUUGCCAGUUUCAAUGAGAAAAGCAACAACUGUGAGAAACAAGCAGUAAUCAUUGCUUUAAUUAACAGUCUGACAUCCAUAUUUGCCAGCGUUGUCACUUUUGCCAUAUAUGGUUUCAAAGCUACAUAUAAUUAUGAAAGCUGUAUUGAAAGGACAAUUCUUCUAUUAAGUAAUACUUUUGAUCUGGAGGAGACGGCAAUAACUCCAGACACACUCAGCAAAUGGAUAACACACCUGAAUUCAACAGCACCGGACACAUUUGCCAGCAUUUCCUCACAAAUUGAAGUCUGUGAUCUGCAAUCUAAUUUAGAUACGGCUGCUGAAGGUACAGGGCUUAUAUUUAUAGUCUUCACUGAAGCCAUUGUGAGCAUGCCAGGACCAUCACAGAUCUGGUCGAUAUUGUUCUUUUUGAUGGUCUUGAUGCUGGGAAUUGGCAGCAUGUUGGGAAACAUGGCAGGGGUCAUCACACCGCUCAGCGACAUGAAGAUCAUUUCAAAGUACCUUCCAAGGGAGGUCAUGAUAGGUAUCACGUGCCUUUUAGCUUGUAUUAUAGGGAUCAUUUUCACCACUGAAGCAGGCAAUUAUUGGUUUGUUAUAUUCAAUGACUAUGCAGCAACGCUGGCACUUUUAAUAAUCGUUCUGAUUGAAGUCGUUGGAGUCUGUUACGUCUACGGAAUAAGAAGGUUCCGGAAUGAGAUUAAAAUGAUGAUGGGACGAAAACCAAACUGGUACUGGAUAAUUACCUGGGUGGUCAUAAGCCCUGUUUUAAUUGUGAGCCUUCUGAUAUUUUAUAUUGUUGAUUACUCCACAACUGGAACGUUAACAUACACUGCGUGGGAUGCAUCCAAGGGUAAAUCAGUGAAGAUGGAAUAUCCGACUUAUGCCUUGGCUGUAAUUGGACUCCUUGUGGCUAUUUCGAUAAGCUGUAUUCCUGUGAUGGCAACAAUUGUAUAUAUCAAGAAGAAACUGCAAAGCAGAAGCCUACUAUAGUUAAAAAGUUAAUUGAACAUAUUAAAACUUUUUUUUUAUAAAAAAGUA